AUGCAAAAGAGGUUUGAGCUGUCCCCAAAAGAACUUGGGAAUGGGACGCCCAUCUUUGCCUGGGACUCAAAUGGGUCCUGCCUCGCCGUGUACGGCGCAAACGGAAAGCUAAGGAUACUAUCCCCGGAUGGUAAGAACCUGAUCACAUCCUCGCUCCCUGGUGUCAUCCGAAUUGCGUGGGACCACUCGUCGGAUACUCUUGCACUUAUUCAGAGGGAUAACAGCAACAUCACGUUGCAGGGAGUGGGUAAACGGUCUUCUGACAGCGUUGACUCCGGUCUGCUUGAGCUAUGCUUUCUUGCCUGGUCGCACCUUGGCUCACAUCUCGCCGUUGGGAAUGCCAAGGGUGCCUUGGUCGUAAUAAACAGUGAAACACGGAAGAAGUUGCCUAUUGUGGGAACACAUACCAAUAAGAUCAUUGACGGUAAAUGGAGCAUGAAUAACCUGCUGGUGCUGAUCGGAGAUGACAAUAUUCUCUCCAUCUCCAACGCAGAUGGGGUGCUUCAAGAACAGGUCUCACUUAAGUUAGCACCUGUGUCCCUUACUUUGGUGGAGCUUAUGCAACAGGAUGAGGAACAGCCCUUGCUCAAUGUCGUUGCGCUGGUAAGUUUUGGCAAAACGCUUGAACUUUACAAUUUAGCAAAAUGUAACUCUCAAUCGGUGUCAUUUGAAACUAAAUUGGGUUCGGUCAGUGCAUGCAACGCAAUUCCGGGAGGUAUGGCGUGUGUGGGAUUUUCGUCUGGGGCCGUUGCACUGGUUGAUUUUUCUUCCCAGGGGGUGAAGGUGUGUGCUGUGACACGCCUAUUUCAAGAUAGUGUGAAUGGCCUAGCAUUUUGCGAGAUCUCCGGCAUGUGCGUUGCGAUCAGUGAACACGUCUUCAAGUUCUUCAACCUUGUCGGUAACAAAAUUACGGAGAAUAAAAUAGAAGGCGUGGAAUUAGGGGGGAUGAAUAGCACCAUACGAGCGGUAGAAUGGAGCAAGGAUGGAUGCAAUAUCGCUUUAUCCAUGGAAAAAGGGCAGUUAGUAAGUUACCGGUUGAAUGUAUCGGCUGUAAGCUGUUCAAGCGGCGCUUGCAUUUACUUCCUUUCAUCCCCGCGUGUGGUGACUGCCAAAAGUUUGCAGGAUGGCCAGAUACUAUAUACAGCAAACGUGAAGCUUGAUCCAACGAUUAUUGCCGCAUCUAAAGGGGUUUUGGCAGUUUGCACAGGAAACAAAGCCAUUUUUUACACGGUUGAGGGUAAAGAUGUGACGCUGCUCCGUGGUGUUGAGUUUCAUUCUGUAGUUACUGCACUAAAGGUAUCAUCUGAGCAUGCGGCACCGCUAUGUGGUGGGAAGAUUGAGCUGCACGAGAUUCGACCUGGUGGCCGAUCUGUCACACUCCCGGAAAAUGGAGCAGCAAACAUCAUUUCUGUGGACAUGAGUGAUACGCUUCUUAUUUAUGCAACCAUGGAGAAAAUAUGUGUCAUUAAUCUCAAUGAUUUUCAGUGCGUUGUUGAGCAUGCACCUUCCAUCGGUAUUAAGAAGGCCGUUUCCAACUCGAGUUGCACUCGCGUAGCACUGAUUGGUAAGAAUGAUACGCUGUAUAUAUUUAACCCCGUCACACUCACCUUGACGCAGACCGAAGGGUUCGAGACGGAGCACACGAAUAUACUCUGGGAUCAAGGCGAUUAUAGCGUUUUGGUCUCCUACGACACCAAAACCAUGGUGACCUUCGUCUACUCCCCGCACACUCGUUAUGGCCCAACCUGCGAGUCGGUUGUCGUCAAGGAUACUAACACGGAGAAUAUCAUUACUCCUGUUCCCGGGGGGUACACACCUGUGUCUUUGUUUAAGGGUAAGGUGACGUUUCAGGCAUCUAGCGGCUCACUUAAUGUGACCCAUCUCAAGUCUCAUCAACAGGCGAUGACCCGUACCCCAAACCCAGAGGCGUUUUACACCAAUUUCUCACUGAAUCAUCUGCGCUGGGCCUCCCAAAACAUCAGCACUCCACAAGAGGCGGAGGAUUUGGCUGUCAAGGCACUUCAUAUGCUUGACAUUGAACUUGCCAUUCGUCUGUAUCGUCAGCUUUCACAGCCCAGUCUUGUGUUGUGUCUUGAAAACGUUAAACACAUUAAUGAAAAAAAUCUUCUCAUUGGUCAUGUUUCUAUGAUUAUGGGCUUCUUCAAGGACGCACAGAGUUUUUUUUUGCGCUCCUCACAACCGCUCUGUGCGCUUCAGAUGCGUCACGACUUAAUGCAGUGGGACUCUGCACUUGCGCUUGCACGACAAAUGGCGCCUGAUAAGGUCCCCAUUUUGUCCAAGGAAUACGCCCAACAGCUGGAGUACCGUGGAGAGUACGCCAAGGCAUUGGAGAUGUACAGAGCAGGGGAGCGAACGAUGCCAAAGGGACACGCCAGCACAGAACUUACUGCUUCCCACGAGGAAGUGAGAAACCACAACGCCGUUUGCGCGCAAGGCGCUGCCAGGUGUUUACUGCGCACAGGAAACGUGCGGGAAGGGGUCAAACUGGCCUUAGACUCCAACGAUACAACACUUAUAAGGGAAUGUGCGGAUAUUUUGGAAUCCACUCGUCAAUUUGAAGAGGCAGCAGAUCUUUACGAAAGGUCCUCCGACUUUGAGCAUGCAGCCACACUAUACAUUACAGAAGCAAAAAAUUUAAGCGCUGCAAGUCGUGUUAUUCCUAAGAUUUCGUCUCGUAAUAUUAUUGGGAUGUUUGCCAAGGCAAAGGAGGCUGAAGGGGCCUUCAAGGAGGCUGAGCAGGCCUACACUCAGGCAGAGGAUUGGGACAAUGUGGUUCGCGUAAAGGUGGAAAAACUAAAUGACUUGUAUGGAGCAUACGUCGUCGUGCGGCAGUCACGAUCGGCUGCCGCCGCAGCUGUGGUGGCCAAUAUGUGCAAAAAGAAAGGUGAGUUUAGCUCAGCCGUGGAAUUUUUUGUUUUGGCGAAAAGCUUUUCAGAGGCGUUUGAGCUGGCCAAGGAAAAAAACUGCAUGUCAACACUGGAAUCUGCACUACUGAAUCAGGUGCAAGUCACCGACGGGAUUGCGCCUGCCGAGAGCCAGGGUGAAUUUGCGAUGAUUGCACAGUACUACGAGCAGAGCGGAAAGACCGGCCAGGCGGGGUUGUUUUACCACAUUGCUGGAAACUUUCGACUGGCAUUGGGGAAUUACCUUGAAGCAGGUGAGCCCGAGGACAUUGAAAAGGCGAUUCAGGUUGUUGGUAAAUCAAGGAAUGAUACGCUGACCAAUAGACUUAUUGACUAUCUUAUGGGGGAAGUCGACGGUGAACCGAAGGAUCCGUCGUAUAUUUUCAAGGUUUACAUGGCUCUGGGAAGUUACGAAAAGGCUGCUAAAACGUCAGUCUUGAUUGCCACCAAGGAGCAGGAGAUGGGUCACUACAUGACUGCACAUAAGACCCUUGUGGACGCGUAUAGUAUACUCAAAGGGAAAAAUAUGCAUGUACCCAAUGAUCUACGUCGUUCUUUGAUGUUGCUGCAUUCAUAUAUCAUUGCGAAGCUGCUCAUGAAAGUCAUGAAGGACGAUGAAACUGCUUCUCGUAUGUUACUACGAGUAGUGCGAAACAUUAAUAAAUUUCCGAAGCAUAUUGCUGCCAUCUACACUUCCACUGCACUGCAGUGUGUGAAAAGUGGGUUCAAGAAGUCUGCCUUUGAUAACGCCUGUAUCAUCAUUCAAAAUGAGAAAUACAGGACCGAGUUGGAUGAAAAGACACGGAAAAAGAUUGAGGGAAUUGUACGUAGACGUGGAAAGGAAGAAAUGGAGGAUCCACCCGAGAAAACGUCUCCGUGCCCCUUCUGUGACGCGCAGGUGCCGGAGACGGAGCUGGACUGUGGUGCUUGCAAGAAUACCUUGCCAUUCUGCAUCGUCACGGGCAAACACAUGGUGAAAGAUAACUACUCUGAGUGCCCCAUUUGUCAUUUUCCUGCGCUCUACUCUUCAUUCAUAGCACUCUUGCGGAGCUCCCAGACUUGUCCCAUGUGUGAGAAUAUCAUUGACCAGAACAAGGUCCAAAAACAAAGUGAUCCUGACUUAAAGGGGUUCCUCGCGUAG